UGGAGGUAGUGGCCCGCGCCCCACAGCCGCGUCAACUUCGAAGCGUGUUUCUCGCUUCUAAAAUUAUCUUUUUUUAUCUUCAACUUAUUCUUUGACUCGUUUUUUGUUGUAAAAAGCGAAACGACCAAGGACGAACGAGGAUACGACUUCUUAAUAGUGAAAGUCCUUCGGUCAUUGAUACGCAAGCGGAGAUCCGGUAAAACCUACGCUAAAAGAGAAAAAAAAAAAACAAUUCGAAGUGGCGCGUGCGAUCGACGUGCUUCAGUAAAGCCCGGCUUGGGGUGAAAGCUCGCGACGCGGACCAUCCCUGUUCAUCGUGUGACACGUUCGCAGAUAGAACGGACGAAAAGAAUAGUGUAAGAGAACUCUGUGUCGUUGGAUAGGUGCCGCUAUCGUCUUCGUUCGAGCUUUUCAACCCCCGUUGAUCUUCAGGAGAGACCAGAAACGUCACCGCCCAAUCAUUGAGUCGUCCUUGCACCCAUGCUCUAGUGAAGGCAUUACGAAGUUAUCGAGAAGGAGCGGCAGAAUGUGGCGAUUACUCGUCUUCUGGAUUCUAGCGAUCAAUUUGGCUAGGAUCGAUGGAAAAGUAGCGGUUUUACCGCAUGACGUCUAUCCUGGCUACGAGAUAACACGAUUUCACAGCGACUCGAGACAACAACCCUCGAGGUUUUGUCUUUUAGACAAUGCCUUCUCCAAGUAUUUCACUGUCUUGAAGAAUGGCCUUGUAAUGACAACAUCAGAACUCGGACCGUUGCUCGAUCAUCAUCGACCGAUCGAUUUGGUCGUUUUAGAAGAAUUGCCCAAUGGUACCGAAGCUCAUGAUCUUCGAUUAUACGUGAUCAAUCGUCGCCACUUGUUGACCUUCUCCCACGAACGUCUUGGUGAAGGUGAGGUAGCUGAAAAUGCACCUGCAGGUACUCUGAUCGAAGGAUUUCCUUUAUUAAGAGCACGCGGCAACUUUCCCGUUCAUUAUACAAUAUUACCCGACGAAACUGGCGAGAGAGCAUUCGCUUUACGGGAAAACAAUUCAGUCGAUCAUGGAUUCAAUGUUACACUUGUUAAUCACGGACAAGGAAUUAGAGUGGUUACUUCUAAGCCCCUCGAUCGCGAGAGAAAAGAAAGAUAUGCGUUGGUGAUACGUGCGUUUGAUGGAAAUUACGUGAGCAGCUCGAAAAUUGGUGGAUUUGUUCGCGUACUCGAUGAAAAUGACAAUGGUCCAGUUUUUGAGAAGGAUGUUUAUACUUUCGAAGUUAGGCCUACGAAUAUCGAAGAUUUGAGACAAGGUAUCAACGUACUUCCAUCUUGGAAAAGAUUUAUGACGAUAGGCAAGCUCGUUGCCAAGGAUGCCGAUGGAGACAAAUUGGCAUACAGGAUGCUCACUAAUACCGAUUUACUCGUUGUCGUUCCUCAAACGGGCGAACUUUUACUUGCUAAUGAGCCCGAGCUUGCUCCUGAAGAAGACACCGAACGUCGUUUUCUUGUCGAAGCUCAUGAUCUUCGUUCACCUCCGAAAAUCUCAGAAAAGCCUGCUAAAGUAAUCGUCAGAUUUCUUACGUCGGCAAACAUUAUCGAACCUGAACUUCACAAGAUUCGAAAGAGACGUGUUACCAGAGCUGUUAGGCCUACAAAGAAGAUCGAUUUUUCUGAAGCUGAUGGUGACGUCGUUGGAAAAAUAGCUUUUCAUCUUGAGAAAGAAAACGAAAAGGAAACUUAUAAGAUCAGAGAUGAGAACAAGUGGGUUACGGUUGGAUCCAAUGGAUCUGUCAUGGUCAAACAAAAGUGGGAUUACGAAGCGCUUGGACUUGAGAAGACUAUCGAUUUUUGGGUUACUAUAACGAACAUGGAGCGGUGUGCACGGUUUCCCAUCGAUUACCCGUGUCCAUUCGAAGACGGAUUUCAAUAUACGGACAAUCAACGUGUGAUCAUCAACAUGAAGGACGUGAACGAUGAGCCACCGUACUUCAUCAACCGUCCUCUACCCAUGCAGACCGUUGUACAGCUGAAUGCACCGCCGAACACGCACGUGUUCACAUUACAAGCAAGGGAUCCCGAUACUGAUCAUAACAUUCACUACUUUAUUGUUAGAGACCGGACCGGUGGUCGUUUCGAGGUCGAUCAAAGAUCAGGCGUAGUACGUACCCGAGGUACGGAUCUCUUUCAGUUAGACAUGGAAUACGUUCUGUACGUAAAAGCUGAAGAUCAGAACGGUCGAAUAGAUGAGAGACAUUUCCAGUCAACUCCGGAGGAACGACUAUCGAUCGUUGGAGGCAAACGUGCACCACAGUUCUACAUGACAGCUUACGAAGCUGAGAUUCCAGAAAAUCAAAAGAAAGAUUCUGACAUCAUAUCAGUGAAAGCUAAGUCAUUUGCGGAUCGUGAAAUCCGAUAUACUUUGAAAGCUCAAGGACAAGGUGCUGCAGGAACAUUUAAUAUUGGACCUACUUCUGGUAUCGUUAAAUUAGCAAAGGAACUCGAUUUUGAAGAUCUACGACAACCACACAUCUAUUCUUUAAUAGUAACCGCUACCGAAGAUUCUGGUGGAUUUUCAACGUCGGUCGAGUUAACCAUCCGUGUUUCCGAUGUGAACGACAAUGCUCCAAAGUUUGAAUUACCGGACUAUCAAGCUCACAACGUUGACGAAGAUAUUCCUCUGGGUACCAGCAUACUAAAAGUUAAAGCAACUGAUGCCGAUUCUGGUGCAAACGCGGAAAUAGAGUAUUUAGUGUCGGACGAUCAUUUUAGUGUCGAUUCCAAUGGUAUUAUCGUUAACAAUAAACAACUCGAUGCCGACAAUAACAAUGCUUAUUACGAAUUUGUUGUUACGGCUAAAGACAAAGGUACACCUUCUAAGACCGGUACAGCAACGGUACGAAUUUAUACGAAAAAUAAAAAUGACGAGGAGCCGAAAUUUUCUCAACAAGUGUAUACGCCAAACGUGGACGAAAAUGCUGGACCAAAUACUUUGGUAACAACUGUGGUAGCGUCGGACAAAGAUGGUGAUAAUGUUCGAUUUAGAUUCGUGGGUGGAAAUACUACGUCGGGACAAUUUGUCAUCGAAGAGAUUACAGGUGUUAUACGUCUUCACGGGGAUAAAAUAUCAUUGGAUCGUGACAAAUAUGAGCUCAAUGUCACAGCCUUGGACGAUGGUGCUUGUUGUUUGAAUGGGGACGCGACGAUUCAUACCAGUACAGCGGUAGUUGUUGUUUUCAUAACCGAUGUGAACGACAACAAGCCAGUGUUUAAAGAUUGUGGAACUUAUAAUCCUAAAGUCGAAGAAGGUGCUCCUAAUGGGAGUCCAGUGAUAAAAGUACAAGCAACUGAUGAAGAUAAGGGUGUCAAUGGACAAGUAAAAUAUUCUAUAGUACAACAACCCAAUCAGAAAGGAACAAAAUUUAUGGUGGAUGAGGAAACCGGUCAAGUAUCCACGAAUAAGGUAUUUGAUCGUGAAGGCGAUGACGGAAAGUUCGUAUCGGUUACCGUUAAAGCGACGGAUCAAGGCGAACCCUCCUUGGAAGGAGUUUGUUCCUUCACCGUUGAGAUAACUGACGUUAAUGAUAAUCCGCCAUUAUUUGACCGUCAAAGAUACGUUGAAAAUGUUAAACAAGAUGCGAGUAUUGGAACAAAUAUAUUGAGAGUCUCGGCUUCUGACGAAGAUGCCGAUAACAAUGGCGCUAUAACAUAUACUUUGAGCGCACCCAACAACGAUCAAGGCUUGGAAUACUUUGAAAUACAACCAGAAUCUGGUUGGAUCGUAUUAAAGAAGCCAUUAGAUGAGCAGGUGGGAACGACAUUUUUUGACCCCCACGGCUGUUUUCCACGUGACACCUAUCGCCUACGAGUACGGGCCUCCGACAGAGGGAUGCUAGUCUUGUACGCAGACGUGGACGUUGAGUUAGACGUCGUAGACAGGAACAAUAAACCACCUGUGUGGGAUGCGAAUGUAUACGGCCCCAUUCACAUCAAAGAAAAUGUCACAGUGGGUACUGUAGUGACGUCGGUGAAAGCCAGCUCUGGAAUCGACAAUAAUCCAACGGUAUUUUACCACUUAAUGCCUGGUUCUACGGCACAAACGAACAAGUAUCACACCUUUUACCUUCAACAGCGUGCAGAACAAUCUGUAACUUGGGCGGAUAUCAAAGUCAAUCAUCCGUUGGAUUAUGAGAGUAUAAAGGAAUACAAUCUGACGAUACGAGUGGAGAACAAUGGAGCGCAACAACUUGCAUCAGAAGCGACGGUUCACAUUAUGUUGGAGGACGUUAACGACGAGAUACCACUUUUCACCGAACGUGAACAGGAGACCGUGCUCGAGGGUGAGCCGAUCCGUAGUAAGGUUACUCAGGUCAACGCCAUCGACAAGGACGGUACUUUCCCAAACAAUCAGGUUACGUAUUAUAUAGUGGACAGCGACAGGAACGAAGGAAAGGAUUACUUCGAGAUUAAUCGAGAAACCGGUGAGAUCUUCACAAAAGUGGUCUUCGAUCGUGAGAAACAAGGUGCCUAUGCUCUCGAGGUCGAAGCCAGAGAUGGAGCUCCAUCUGCGAGACCCAAUAACAAUGGUCAACCUAAUUCAGUAACUAAAUUCAUCCGGAUUGGAAUAGCCGACAAGAACGACAACCCGCCUUACUUCGACAAAAGCCUCUACGAGGCUGAGGUAGACGAGAAUGAGGACAUUCAACAUACAGUUCUUACUGUCACCGCCAAAGACCACGACGAGUCCUCGCGUAUUCGAUACGAGAUUACGAGCGGUAACGUAGGCGGUGCUUUUGCUGUGAAGAACAUGACCGGCGCAAUUUAUGUCGCCGGUGUUUUGGAUUAUGAAACCAGAAAAAGGUACGAACUUCGUCUCACAGCAUCGGAUAGCUUGGAAGAGAAUAAUACAACGGUCGUUAUACACGUGAAGGAUGUAAAUGAUAAUCCACCUGUCUUUGAAAGACCGAAUUAUAGAACACAAAUCACAGAGGAAGAUGAUAGGAAUUUACCAAAACGAGUACUCGGGGUCACUGCGACCGACGGGGAUAAGGAUAGACCUCAAAACAUCGUAUAUUUCUUGACAGGACAGGGAAUCGAUCCAGACAACCCGGCCAAUAGUAAAUUUGACAUCAAUCGGACUACCGGAGAGAUUUUCGUUCUCAAACCACUCGACAGAGAUCAACCUAAUGGACGACCUCAAUGGCGAUUUACUGUAUUCGCUCAGGACGAGGGUGGGGAAGGUUUAGUAGGAUAUGCCGAUGUACAGGUCAAUCUCAAAGAUAUUAACGAUAAUGCUCCGAUAUUCCCACAGGGAGUAUACUUUGGUAACGUUACCGAAAAUGGAACUGCAGGAAUGGUCGUAAUGACCAUGACUGCAGUAGAUUAUGACGAUCCUAGCGAAGGUACAAACGCGAAAUUGGUUUACUCCAUCGAAAAGAACGUUAUCGAAGAAGAAACUGGAACUCCCAUAUUUGAGAUCGAAUCUGAAACGGGAGUUAUAAAGACGGCCGUUUGCUGUUUGGACAGAGAACGUACCCCAGAUUAUUCUAUACAAGUUGUCGCGGCGGAUGGAGGGGGGUUAAAAGGUACCGGGACGGCGUCUAUACGAGUGAAAGAUAUAAAUGAUAUGCCACCACAAUUUACAAAAGAAGAAUGGUUUACCGAAGUAGAUGAAACGGAAGGACCUGAUUUACCUGAAAUGCCAAUACUCACCGUUACUGUUCACGAUGAGGAUGAAACCAAUAAAUUUCAAUACAAGGUCAUCGAAAGUAGUGGAUAUGGUGCUGACAAAUUUACUAUGGUAAGAAACAACGAUGGUACUGGCUCUUUGAAGAUCGUUCAAUCUCUCGAUUAUGAGGAUCAAUUGCAAAGCAAUGGAUUUAGAUUUAGGAUACAGGUGAACGAUAAGGGUGAAGAUAAUGAUAAUGACAAGUAUCACGUUGCUUACUCUUGGGUGGUAGUGAAAUUAAGGGACAUCAACGAUAAUCAGCCACAAUUUGAAAGAGCCAAUAUUGAAGCAACUGUGCCGGAAAACGCUAGAAUCGGAAAUACACUCGAAACGUUUAAAGCUACUGAUCCUGAUCAAGGUGGCAAAAGUAAAGUUUCAUAUUCUAUCGACAGAAGUUCCGACAGGAAAAGACAAUUUUUCAUUAAUGAGAAUGGUACGGUAUCCAUUCAAAGAAGUCUCGAUCGUGAGGAAACUCCUCGUCAUCAGGUUAAAAUCUUGGCUAUCGAUGAUGGUAUACCACCAAAAACUGCAACUGCUACUCUCACAGUUAUCGUUCAGGAUAUAAACGAUAAUCCACCUAGAUUCCUUAAAGAUUAUCGACCAAUUUUACAAGAACAUCUUCAAACGAGAAAAGUCGUCGAGAUUUUGGCUACCGACGAUGACGACAGAUCGAAGAGCAAUGGUCCACCAUUCACUUUCAGAAUGGAUCCUAAUGCAGACGAUAUCAUCAGAGCUAGUUUCAGAGUCGAAAGCGACAACAAGGGAGCAAACGGAGAUGGUAUGGCUAUAGUUUCGUCGUUAAGAUCAUUCGAUAGGGAACAACAAAAGGAAUAUUUGAUACCGAUAGUGAUUAAGGAUUCUGGAAAUCCUUCGAUGUCUGGAACCAGUACCUUGACUGUUAUAAUCGGCGAUAGUAAUGACAAUAAAAUGCAGCCAGGAUCUAAAGACAUUUUUGUAUAUAAUUAUGCAGGACAAUCACCCGAUACCGAGAUAGGUAGAGUCUACGUCUAUGAUUUGGACGAUUGGGACUUACCAGACAAAAAGUUUUAUUGGGAAGGCCUCGAGCAUGCACAAUUCAAGCUCGAUGAAGAUACUGGCAUGAUAUAUAUGAAAUCUGGUACUCAUGAUGGAAGAUAUCAUCUUCGUUUCAAGGUUUACGAUCGAAAGCACACACAAACUGAUGUCCCUGCGAAUGUGACAGUCAAUGUGAAAAGUAUUCCUCACGAAGCUGUUCUUAAUUCUGGCUCUGUUCGGAUAUCGGGUAUAACAGAUGAAGAUUUCAUACGUGUAUGGGAUUAUAGGUCACAAAACUUAUCUCGAAGUAAAGCGGAUUUAUUCCGAGAAAAAUUGGCACAUUUAUUAAACAUCGAAAGGGAAUACGUUGAUGUCUUUAGUGUUCAAUUGCGAAGGAUGCAUCCACCUUUAACCGACGUCAGAUUCGCUGCUCAUGGUUCUCCUUAUUAUAAACCUGUUAGGCUCAAUGGAAUUGUCUUGAUGCAUCGGGAAGAGAUUGAAAAGGAUGUUGGAAUUAACAUUACGAUGGUCGGUAUCGAUGAGUGUUAUUACGAAAAUGAGAUGUGCGAAGGCAGUUGCACUAACACACUUGAUAUCAGUAGUUUACCUUAUAUGGUUAACGCGAAUAAAACUGCUUUGGUGGGAGUAAGAGUCGACGUGAUAGCUGAAUGUACCUGCGGUGCAAGAAACUUUAGCAAAAGUGAAUCCUGUAGAAGCAGUCCUUGCUACAAUGGCGGUCGCUGCGUUGAAGGAAGAUUUGGAUUAUCGUGCCAAUGUCCUUCCGGAUAUAAUGGGCCUAGAUGUCAACAAACAGCAAGAAGUUUUCGUGGGAAUGGUUGGGCUUGGUAUCCGGCCCUGGAGAUGUGCGAUAAUAGUCAUUUAAGUUUUGAAUUUAUUACAAGAAAAUCGGAUGGAUUGCUUUUGUACAAUGGUCCUAUUGUUCCCCCGGAAUCUGACGAAAUUAUGGUGUCUGACUUUAUAUCGGUUGAAUUAGAACGUGGAAUACCAAGGCUUUUAAUAGAUUUCGGAUCUGGUACUUUGGAAUUGAAAGUCAAACCUAAAAGGACUUUGGACGAUGGAGAAUGGCACAGGCUCGAUAUAUUCUGGAAUACCGAGACGGUAAAGCUUAUCAUCGAUUAUUGUAAAUCUGCCGAGAUAUCAGAAUUAGAAGAUGGUACACCUUCGGAGUUUAACGACACGAGUUGCCAAGCUCAAGGCACGGUACCACCGUUCAACGAAUACUUGAACGUAAAUGCACCGCUUCAAAUUGGUGGGCUUUACGUGGAACAAUUCGAUCCAACUCAUUACAAAUGGAAACACAUGCCAGUAGGGAAAGGGUUUGAUGGUUGCAUAAAGAAUCUAUUCCACAAUAGCAAACUUUACGAUCUGGCUCAUCCUGGAUUAUCAAGGAAUAGCGUAUCAGGUUGUCCACAAACCGAGGAGAUAUGUAGCCAUCAAGAAUUAACGUUCCGUUGUUGGGAACAUGGCACCUGCGUUGGUAACUUCUCCGAAGCAAGAUGCCAAUGUAAUCCAGGCUGGACCGGUCCUGGUUGUAUGACCCAAACGAUACCAACAACGUUCAAGCCACAGAGUUAUGUCAAAUAUGCAUUGUCGUUUGAACCUGACAAAUAUUCGACUCAGGUGCAGUUGAGAUUCCGAACUCGGGAGGUGCACGGUGAACUUUUCAGAGUCAGCGAUCAGCAUAACAGAGAAUAUGCUAUUUUAGAAAUCAAGGAUAGCCGAUUACACUUCAGAUACAACUUGAAUAGUCUUAGAACAGAGGAACGAGAUAUUUGGUUAAGUGCGAUAGCAGUGGAUGAUGGUCAAUGGCAUACCGUCAGAGUAUCUAGAUAUGGCUCAGCAGCGACCUUGGAGUUGGAUGGUGGAGAGGGUAGAAGAUUCAACGAGACCUUUUCCUUUGAAGGGCAUCAAUGGCUCUUAGUCGAUAAACAAGAAGGAAUUUAUGCUGGCGGCAAAGCCGAAUACACUGGCGUAAGAACGUUCGAAGUCUACGCUGAUUAUCAAAAAGGCUGUUUGGACGAUAUCAGACUAGAAGGUAAGCAUCUUCCAUUACCACCGGCUAUGAAUGGAACACCAUGGGGUCAAGCAACAAUGGCAAGAAAUCUUGAACGAAAUUGUCCUUCGAAUAAACCCUGCGCUAACGUCAUUUGUCCCGAACCUUUUGAAUGCAUCGAUCUCUGGAAUGAAUACGAUUGCACUUGUGGAGAAGGAAGAAUACCAUCGCCUGAUAACAAAGGUUGCAUGGAUAAGAACGAAUGCAUAGAUUAUCCAUGUCUCAACGGUGGUAGAUGUAUCAAUCAAGAUCCUCGAUAUCGAUAUCGAUGCAUUUGUCCUGAAGGAUUUUGGGGUGAAAAUUGUGAAUUAGUACAGGAGGGUCAAACAUUGAAGCUCAGCAUGGGAGCACUUGCAGCUAUUUUAGUUUGUUUAUUAAUUAUUCUUGUCUUAGUUCUGGUAUUCGUCGUCUACAACAGAAGAAGGGAGGCUCAUAUUAAGUAUCCUGGGCCAGACGACGAUGUGAGAGAGAAUAUUAUUAAUUACGAUGACGAAGGAGGUGGGGAAGAUGAUAUGACGGCGUUCGACAUAACGCCAUUACAGAUUCCAAUUGGCGGUCCUAUUCCAGAAAUGGGUGGAAAACUACCACCGUGUAAAGUAGCUUAUCCAUUAGGACCAGAGCCUAAUGUGGGUAUUUUUAUCGAAGAUCACAAGAAAAGAGCCGACAGUGAUCCUAAUGCACCACCUUUCGACGAUUUACGAAAUUAUGCGUAUGAAGGUGGCGGAAGCACCGCAGGUUCGCUUUCGUCCUUGGCUUCGGGAACAGAUGACGAGCAACACGAGUACGAAUAUUUAGGCGCUUGGGGUCCUAGAUUCGACAAACUUGCAGAUAUGUACGGUCCCACAACAGAAGAAAGCGAGGAAGAGGAUUAGAUAUCUUUUGUCAAUCUAGGUCCAUCGAAUUUUUCCCACGAUCCGAAUUGGAAGUGUUCGUGUUGAAUAUACCAGACGAAUAGAAUAGAAAAAAAAAACAGAAAGGAAGAAAGAAAAGAGUAAAAAAAAAAAAAAAAGGGAAAGAAAGAAACACGAAACUUUGAAACUUUCUCUCCAAGAUUACGUGAGAUUCGAAGGAUCAAUGAUGAUAGAUCAUCGAGAUCUGAGAGGAGCUGCGUAAAAGAGACUUUCUCAUUCAAGUUUGGAUGAUCGAAAGUAAAAGAAGGUGCACCGACGCAACGAUCGGUGAGAAAGUUCAAAAUAUAGUUCCAAAGUGAUCUCAGCGAGAGCUUUUGCCCCAUCGCAUUACGAACGUUGCAAUAAUUUUCGAGUCAUACCUAAACGACGGUAUACGUAGGUGGUACAUAACAAAAACAGAGAUACACAUACGACAUACCUAUCUGUAUAGUUACACGUAUACGUAGUCGAUCCAAGGAUGUAUACGUGGGACUUUUUUAUCGAUUUUAUCGACUUGUAUUUAUUAAUUAGUUCUCAUCACCAUACAUUGGUCACGUUGUUUAUUUACAUCAGGAUGAUAGAAAGGCAUCGCACUUUCAUUGUUUCACCAUAUGCGAACGGACCUACCGUUAUCUACCAAAUAAAAGCAAAUAUUAUCGCAUUAUAGUUUUUAUCUUUCCUCCAAAGAUGACCACGAGAAGGAAUAAAAGGAGGACUCGUUAACCGUUUGAGAUUUUAAUCGAGAUACCGUAUUGAAACUUGUCACUUUACAAUGCAUUAAAAGAGCAUUGUUCGUUGUCAAUAUCCCAUUAUCAUCCCCCGUGAAAAUUAUCGUCUUCAUUUUCAUUACAACCGGUAUUAUUAUUAGACCUUUUAUCAUUGCCAUUAUUGUCAUUAUCAUUAUUAUUAUUAUUAUUAUUAUUAUUAUUAUUAUUAUUAUUAUUAUUAUUAUUAUUUUUAUUGUAAUAGAUAUAAAUAUAUAUAUAUAUAAAUAUAUAUAUUAUAAAUAUGAAUUUAUAUAUAGAAGAGCGGUGACGUGCAUCGAAGAAAGUCCGUGGGUAAAGUUACCGCGUGCAUAUGUAAUUAUUACGAUUAUUAUUAUUACAUAGCGAUAUAAAUAUAUAAAUAUAAAAUAUGUUUAUAUAUAUAUAUAUAUAUAUAUAUAUAUAUGUAUAAACAUAUAUGUACACGCGAUGCACGUACGUACAUAUGAAAUCUGCUCGGACACAGAGGACGAGAGAGUCGACGGUUCUUACUAUCAAGUUAUAUAUAGUAUAUAUCUCGACAUAGUUUUAAUAUUUAUUUUAUGUCAUCGGGAGCAGUUAGUAGAGGAAGAUACAUACCUAUAUCUAUAGAAAGCGAGGAAAACGAAGCGAUAGUAAUAAGAGAGAUUAAGAAGGGGAAAUACACGUGCAAGCAAUUAGGAACGGCGACAGUAAAUGUCCUUUUUGUUUAAAGGACAAACUCAACGAAGUUCCAUGUCCGUUUAUUUGCUUCUAGCGCGUGUAAUUUUCCUACAGAAAGAAAGAGUGUGAGAGAGAGAGAGAGAGAGAGAGAGAAAGAGAGAGAGAGAGAAAGAGAGAGAAGAAGAAGAAGAACAGAACGCUUCAUGCACUCGAGUCUCGACUGAUUUGUAAAAUUCUCUAAGGGAAUAUUAAAAUAGUCAAUUUUCCGGUUAGGCGAUUCCCGUUUCGGGAACGUGGCGUAUAUCGAUAAGCACUUGUACGAAUACUGUAAUUAACGUAUGUGAGUGUGACGUCGGUCGACGUGUUAUAUCGUAUAAUUGGGCCCUUCCCUGAUUAAGCAUCGACUUAUUCGCUCGAUGUUGGAUUUUUAAGUACCUAUCGUUUUUUCGAUAAUAUUUGUGAUAUUGAGUUGUAUCCGUAACGCAGCGUCCCGCAUUCUCCAAAUCGCCGUUAACGGUUCGCUCGAGCGAUUUCGAUAAAUGGUUUUAGCUAGAAGAAUCGAUCGAACACACGUUGGUCCUGCUAAACUCGCUCAUUCGCAAUGGAAUCUUAAUACUUUCACGUGGUACACUUAUCGUUAUCGUUAUUAGCAUUAAUCAUCGAUUUCGAUCGUAUCCAAACGCGAAAAUAUUGAAUUCUCGAGGAUCUUUAUGAAGGAAUGUUCCGAAUUCGUCGAGUUAACACGAACGACUUCUUCUUUGAAGUAUUAUAGUGGCGUAUUUCAAAUGUCGAGGUUUCUUCGCUUCGUUAUCGUUCGAUUUCGAAUGAACAAGGCGUGUAUGUAUAUCUGUGUAUGUAGCGAUUCGACGCGAAUUUAGCGAACCGUUCGAAUAUUCGCAACAACGAAGAUAUUGUUAGCGUUUUAUUCGUACGGUUUGUUCGGUAGAAAGAAUCACGUAUCUAUGUAAGUACAUUUAAGUAAGUACCGAGUCUUGUGCCGUUAUACUCUCGCCUAUCAUGUAAUAUCACCUACCUCUUAAAUAUUCGUAUCCGAAUUAUCCGAGUAAAAGGUAUGCAGAUAUACGAAUAUUCGAAAAAAAAAAAAAUACGU